GAGAAGAAAGUAAACAUUGCAAUCGGGCCUGCUGCUGUAAUGAUGACUAGUCUUCUGUGAACUAUGGAGAAGUCUGGUCCGAUGCCGGCUUCUAUUCCCAAUCGCACAGGGGCCAACCUCACAACCAGCCUAUGGGGACCCAACCCCACAGUUCCUGCAGAGGUGAGAGUGGUCACCAGCUCCCAGUCUCAGAUCAAGGAUCUGAUUGGGCUGUUUGCAAUGGUGACCCUUAACCUCAUCGCCCUUUUGGCCAACACUGGAGUCAUGGUGGCCAUAGCCCGCGCCCCUCACCUGAAGAGAUUUGCCUUUGUGUGCCACCUGUGUGCAGUGGACCUGCUGUGUGCCAUCCUCCUCAUGCCCCUGGGUAUCAUCUCCAACUCGCCCUUCUUUGGCACUGUGGUGUUCACCGUGCUGGAGUGCCAGGUCUAUAUCUUCCUCAAUGUGUUCCUCAUCUGUGCCUCCAUCCUCACCAUCACCGCCAUCAGUGUGGAGCGCUACUACUACAUCGUCCAUCCAAUGCGCUACGAGGUGAAAAUGAGCAUCAACCUUGCCAUUGGCGUCAUGCUCUUCAUCUGGGUAAAGUCCAUCCUGCUGGCCCUGGUCACCCUGUUUGGCUGGCCUGCCUACGGGGCCCACAGCUCCAUCGCUGCCAACCACUGCUCCCUCCACUGGAGCCACAGUCGGCUGAGGAAGGUGUUCGCUGUGCUCUUCAGCUUGGUGUGUUUCCUGCUACCCGCCGUGGUCAUCUUCGCAGUCUACUGUAACGUGUACAAGGUGGCACGCUCGGCUGCCCUGCAGCACACACCCGCACCCACCACCUGGGCCUCGUCCAACCCAGCCAAACGUGCCAACCGUUCCGACUCCAUCAACAGCCAGACCACCAUUAUCACAACUACCUGCAGCCUGCCCCAGAGACUAUCCCCCGAGAGGGCCUUCAGCGGGGGUAAGGCUGCCCACACCCUGGUGAUCAUCGUGGGCCAGUUCCUGCUCUGCUGGCUGCCUUACUUCUGCUUCCACUUGCACCUGUCCUUCAGCUCAUCUCUGCAGAGCCCCGGAGAUGUGGAGGAGGCUGUUACCUGGCUGGCCUACUCCUCCUUCGCUGUCAACCCUUUCUUCUAUGGCCUGCUCAACAGGCAGAUCAGGGAGGAGCUGGUCAAGUUCCGGCGCUGCUGCUCCUCCAGGCCGGUGGAGCUGGGUGCCUCCAGCCACGAAGGCUCCCUGCAGGAGAACUUCCUCCAGUUCAUUCAGAGGACCAGCAGCACAGCCGACACGUGCUCCAGCAGCGCCAACUCCAGCCCCAGGAACACUCUGGACCAGGGGGUCAGGAUCCCUGGACAGAUACCAGAGGAGCAUGGCUAAACACAGCGGACAACACACUUCAACAUGGAUUAUUAAUAUUGACAGCCCUCGCUCCUCGUAGCACCCAGAGUUUGUGACCUGACCAAGACAAACUCUGGAGCCUAGUGAAAGCCUAUAGGGCUCUGUGGUUUUUCUGGUCAGUUUACAUGUAUGCCUCUGAAUAGGGGCUUAUUAUUUAUUGGUAUAACGGGAUUUAUUCAGGUAAGGUCCCCAACACAAGAUCAUAGUGUCGUUGUUUUAAUGUGAAAUAUUAAAUUAUUGUGACAUUACCUUUUACUAUUGUUUCAUUACAGGCCUAAACCUAAACUUUAUGUAAAAAUGUAUGAUUAUUUUAUGCUUAGUUUGUAUAAAUUAUAUGUUCUGAAAUAACAUUUAUGGACAUAUCUGAGUUUACUCAUGUUUCCAAUGAACAGUGAGGAAUGCUGUAGGAAUACUUAUAUUUUCACAUUUUACAGCAGCCAUGUAAAGUUUCUCAUUAUGUUCUUGCAAUAACACGUUAU